UCGCGACGAACCCAUCCCGUCACCCACCUCUUUCCCACUCUUUCCUGCUCAACGACCCCGGCCCUUGCGACCCAACAUCACCAAGCCUCUUCGACUCCCUGCAUAAUCUAGCCUCGCUCCCCUCCAAUCCAUCAUAUACCGGCCUCACUUCAUCAACGCCGCCCUCCCUCGACGCUCCACCCUGUAUUCAAUCUCGUCUUCACGCCCGUCUGAUCCCAAAUCCAACCGCGCCCUCCAGCCUCUCUGCCACUACACCAAGACCUUAGUCUCCGGAUCCUACUUAUAAAAGCCACGACGGGUCACGUCGCCGAGCCUCCUCGAUCUUGCACUACCUGUCUCUAAUUCAAUCCAGCCGCCGAUCAUGUCUGGAUACCCCGGCGCGGGUUACAAUGGAGGAGGCUACGUCCCGCCGCCUCAACCACAAUAUGGCGGCUACUACCCUCCCCAACCUGCCUAUAAUGCCUAUCAACAGCCGCCUCCUCAGCAGCAACAGUACAUGGUUUACCACCAGCCCUCGCCUGGUCCCCAGCAACACCAGCACUGGAAUCCACAGCAGCAGACGCCUGCACCACAGGGAUAUGGCAAUCCUCCAAACUCCCAUUACGGCAGACCUGAGGCGAACAUGCCCACGGUGAAUUCGAAUUCGUACGCGCACGGGAACCACCAAGCACCCCCACCUCCUCCCCAGGCGCCUCAGCAAUUUGGAUAUGGCGCUCCAGCGGACUACGCCUUUCGAUAUUCGCAGUGCAAUGGCCGACACAAAGCUUUGCUCAUCGGCAUCAAUUACUUUGGUCAGCGGGGCCAGCUGAGAGGAUGCAUCAACGAUGUCAGGAACAUGUCAUCAUAUCUCGUCGAGCAUUUCAGGUACAAGCGCGAGGAUAUGGUGAUUCUUACCGAUGACCAGCAAAAUCCUAUGAGUCAGCCUACCAAGCAAAACAUCCUUAGGGCAAUGCACUGGUUGGUCAAGGAUGCCAGGCCCAAUGACUCGUUAUUCUUCCACUACUCCGGGCAUGGCGGCCAAACCAAAGAUCUCGACGGCGACGAGGAGGAUGGGUACGACGAAGUUAUAUAUCCAGUCGAUUUCCGACAAGUGGGACACAUCACCGAUGACGAAAUGCACCGAAUCAUGGUCCGACCGUUACAAGCCGGCGUUCGGCUGACCGCUAUCUUCGACUCAUGCCACUCGGGAACUGCGCUCGAUUUGCCCUAUAUUUACUCAACCCAGGGCAUUCUCAAGGAGCCCAACCUGGCCAAGGAAGCUGGCCAAGGUCUUCUUGGAGCCAUCUCAUCCUACAGCCAAGGCGACCUCUACGGCGUGGCGAACAACAUCAUGGGGAUUUUCAAAAAGGCUACCGGCGGUAACGAUGCCCAUGCAAGAACCUUGGCUACGAAGACGUCACCCGCCGAUGUUGUUAUGUUCUCCGGAAGCAAAGAUGACCAGACCUCAGCCGACGCCACAAUUGCUUCACAAGCUACAGGGGCUAUGUCCUGGGCCUUCAUCAACGCCCUCAAGAAGAACCCCCAGCAGAGCUAUGUCCAGCUGCUCAACAGCAUCCGAGACGAACUGCAAAUGCGUUACACACAGAAGCCUCAGCUGUCGUGUAGCCACCCUCUUGAUACGAAUCUCCUGUUCGUUAUGUGAAGCAAUCGAAAACAGUGUAUACCAUCGAUUGGUCGCUAGGAACUAGUUUCUGUUCCACAGAAAGGCGAACCGAUUUGCGGUCGACUGGUCGACACGCCUGGGUAGGGUAUCACUAGGGGAGAAUGGCAAUCGGCUUGCCAGGUCUUUCGUGGGGUGUUGGGCAUGACCAGGACCUGAAGUGGAUGUUAAUAUGAGGGAUGUUGGACCGAGGUUGUUGGUGGAUUUCUCUCGUCUGCCAUUUGGUUGGCAGGCCAGGGAUGAUGGGGCAAUUGAGAGGACUGUGUCUGGGUCUUUGUGCAUCUGGAAGGUCACCUUGUCUCUUCGAUUUGGACAUGGACACAGAUAACCACUUCCAGUCUUAUUGUGCAGUCAUGAAUAAUAGCGAAGAGCCGCUUCAGGCCUUAAGGUCUGUCUCUUCAACGACACACAGUAUCGCAGGUUAGGGGGAGGAGGUAGGCCAACGAUGUCUGGUUUCAAUCUAUGCGUGGUUCAAUCUUGAAUACCUCGCUGUUAAACGAGACUAUCGUCCCUCUCCGCCUAUCGACGCUCAGUCUUGCGGCUGGCAACGAGCCAUUUGCUCCAUCAUCAAAUUCCUUCAAAACCCACGAUCUACCUGCAAUCUAUCAUUAUCUGAGAAGGAUGUUGUUGAAAUUACCAAGAUUCCCUUCAUGAUGGGCAUCCAAAUAUCUAGUCCACCAAGCACUGACAGAUUGCAUUUGCUUCUCCUAAGACUUGCCCUCUCCAUCAGAAUCCUCUUCAUCACGCGGCAACGUCAUGCCCAUCAAGCCAAGCAAAUUGCCCGUUGGACCUGCCAUGCCCGCCUGGCUCUUGAAGCUCUCCAGCAAGUUCUUGGCUAGAUUAUAGUCAACGCCGACCUCAUCACCUUCCUCUUCUCCUUCCUCGUCGUUCAUAUCGUCAUCAUCAUCACUCCUACCACCCCCCGCGGUCUUGACUAUCUCUUGAACUGAUGAAGCCUCGUGCACACCACCCUUCAAUGCUCUCGCGGAUCUAGUCUUGGCUUUUUGAGGGUCCAGUUGUAGUGCGCCGUAGGAGUUGAGUUCCUUUUCCAUCUGAGCCAUAAGAGCUUCGAGUUCCUCUUGCUCACUGUGGCCCGUAUCCAUGCUCUUGUCUUCGUCCUUGUCGUCAUUGACGGUAAAAGAAACCUUUUCCUUGCCUUUGCCAUUGCCCUUCGUGCCAGGCUGUCGCGGGGCGCUCUCGGGUCCUGUGGUUGAUGACGGUGGUGACGAUGUUGUUGCCGCCGUUGUUGUUGUCGUCGUCGGUAUCCCCAUCAUCUCUCUCAUCAUUUUCGAGAACUGCUCUUCGUCGAAACUCACUUCCUUGUCUUCGUCCUCGCUGUCCAUAUCAACAUCCGAGUCCUCCAAGUCGUCAUCAUCGUCAUCCUGAUCCAUCUCAUCGAUUUCAGCUCCGUCAAGACCUGCUGUUUCGUCAUUCAGAAAUGCCUCAAACCGGGAGACGAUCUUGCGUAGAUCGGCUUGUGUCGUGGCAUCUCCAAAGGUCGGUACAGCGUGCCCUGCUGUAUCUCUGCCUUCACCAGCUUUGUUUUGUUGUCGCUGGUGCUGCUGCUCCGAUUCUCCCUGCACCCCACCGCCGCCAGCUAACUCCCUCUCAAAAUCCGCAAAAUCGAUAUCCAUCCAGCUAUCAUCAUCCUCCCUAUCCACAUCCUUCCACUUCUUGAUCUCCUCAUCAGUCGGGAGCGCCGCCUCCUCGCCAUCCUCCUUGAGAU